GAAUGGUUUCACAACAGUUUUCAAGGGCUCCAUGAGCCUGUCGUAUGGAAAAAUGGGUGAAUUUGUCAAAACGGGUGAAUUUUUUAUGGUUUAUUCGGAGACGCCAAAUAUGAGCGAAUAUAAUGCUGAAUAUGCUGCGAAAUACCAAUCCAAUCGUAAGGGUUCGCCGGACGAUGAUAGCAACGGGCAAACAGUGAAACGACCGCCACCACCACAGGGACAGUUUCGACGAGACAAUAUUCCCAGUAAAAGUGUAAGGAGCGCGUAACA